AAAUUUGCGUAAAACGCUGUGAGCAAAUGUUUCACUGCGAAUAUGUCAAAGGUCGGCCAUGAAGUGUGCGCAACAACAAAAAGGACAAACACAAAUGUGUAUACACUAUAAAAAUAAUAAACAUAUAUAUAUAUAUAUAUAUAUAUAUAUAUAAAUAACGGAAGACGUUCCCAAAAACUGCACAUGAGCUGUAAUUAAGUUUAGUAGUUAGCAACAAACUCCAAACAAGAAAAGGAAAAACAAAAACAAAACAAAACAAUACAAAGGAAAAACCGACUAAAAAAAGGAACUUGAGGUAUUUCUCACAGUGUAGAAGAACGUUCCAGCACUGCGUUGUGGUUAAAUGAGUCAACGUCGCGGCAGGACGCAUCCUGCCAGACCGUAACACCCAUCCAAUCUCCCCACCACCACCUACGAACCGUAGUAUAUAUCCCAAUUUGACAACGGCCACGCGCAGAGAGCAGCAUCAAAAUUAAGCCAAUCGACGACCAAACCUGAAAACGCAGCGUCGCGUCCUUCGACGCGUAACGGGAAUUUUCUGUGUUCGCUGCGUUUCAAAAAUCUGAUGGAUGGAAAUGCACAAAAUAUGUUUCACGGCAAUCAUCAAGGAGAUCCCUAUUACCGUUAUGAUGCGGCCGCCGCAGCAGCCGUUGCCGCAGCGGCAAAUCCGCGGGCCAUGGGCCCACCAGGCGGCUAUCCGCCGCGUCAUCGGGCGCCGCAUCCGCUACAGCAACAGCCACAAUAUCCAUCGUACCAGCCAACGGCGGAGAACCUGUACGGGCUGGGGGCCACCGAUCAGCAUGCAGCAAUGGGCGUCGGCAUGGGCGAUCUGAGCGGCUGGGGUGCGGCGCCAUCGGUGCCGGGCCAGGCAGCUGCCUAUCCAGGCGCUGGCCUAGGCGCCUAUGGACAUCCACAGGCGGCGCCGCCGACGCAGCAGCAGCGUCAGAGCAACGCCAGCGCCUAUCGCCAGCACAUGCCCGCCUACGGACAGCAGGAGCAGCAAAAACUGGUGCCCUAUGGCGCGCAGCAGAAUAUGAUGGGCGCCCUGGGUGCCAGCGGCUAUGGCAGUUUGGCGCCACAGCAGCAGCAACAACAACAGCCACCUACGCCACAACAACAGCAGCAGCAACAACAACAACAACAACAACAGCAGCAGCAGCAGAGCCAGCAGCAGGCUCGUCUGCCGCAGCAUUAUCCACAGGCGCCCGGCCAACAUCCAUUGUAUCCGGGCGCGCCGGCUCAAGCAGCACAGCCGGCAGCACCGCAGGCAUACGCGCACAGUCCCUACGGCAGCCCGAUGCAACAUCAGCCGGGACGCGGUGCACCCCAGCACGUGGGCUACGGCCAUGCGGCACUGGAUCAGGCCAGUGCCUAUGGCCAGCACGUGCCUGGCGCAGCGCCGCCCACGCAUCACUUGACUGCGCAGCAGCAGCAGGCUGCGCAGUUGGGUGCGCAUCCCAGCGCGCAUAUAGCCAGUGCACAGCAGCAACAGUUGCAGACACAGCAGCAGCAGCAGGCGCAACAACAACAGCAGCAGCAACAACAACAACAACAGCAACAGCAGCAACAACCGAACCAUGUGAGCCUGAUGCAGCAGCAGCAGCUGCCAGGCGCUGUCCUGCCGCCUCCUCACAUGGGCAUGCCGCCCAGCUAUGGCAGUCACCAUCAGCAGCAGCAGGCACAGCAGCAGGCACAGCAGCAGGCACAGCAACAGGCGCAGCAGCAGCAGCAGAGCGCACCGCCCUAUAUGUCCAGCAGCAAACAUCAGGCGAGCGCUCAGCUCAACUCCUCGCCGCAGUAUCGUGCACCGUUUCCACAACUCUCGCCCCAGAUGUCGCCGCGUCCGCCCACCAUGUCGCCGCAUCCGCAAAUGUCGCCACGUCCAGUGGGCGUGUCGCCCGCCAAGCCACCACAAACAGCACAGCAGCAGCAGGUGCAACAGCAGCAGCAGGUCAACUCGCCCAGCCAGCACAGCAUACAGGGCAUGGUUGGUCUGCCAUCACCGAGACCGCAACCGCCCAGCGCAGCCGCCGGCGGGGCCAAAGUGCCCGUUAGCGUGGCAGCUGGCGGUGUGCCGCCGGUAGUCAAUACGCUGCAAGCACUCGAACAAAUGGUCAUGCCCACACAGGCGCAUGGCCUGCCGCCCAUGGAUUAUCCCACAUCGUAUCGCAGCGCUGCGGUCAUGGGACCGCGCAUGCCCGCCUCACCCUCGCCGCAGCAUCAUCAGCAAUGGGGCGCGCCGCAUAUGGCGGCCUUGCAACAACAACAACAGCAGCAGCAGCAACAGGCGGCACAGCAGCCACCGCCACAGCAACAGGCACAGCAGCAGCAGGCACAGCAGCAGCAACAGGCACAGCAACAGGCGCAGCAGCAAGCACAGCAGCAGGCCCAACAGCAGGCGCAAGCCAAUGCCCUGUUGCAGCAGCAACAGGCAGCACAAGCAGCACAGGCAGCACAGGCAGCACAGGCAGCACAGGCAGCACAGGCAGCGCAGGCAGCGCAGGCGGCACAGGCAGCGCAGGCAGCACAAGCAGCCCAGCAUCAGCAACAUCAGCUGAGCAUGUAUGGACAGAGCAUGGCCCAACAGGUGCCGGUGCCGGUGCCGGUGCCAGUAUCUGUGCCCGUAUCUGUGCCCGUAUCCGUACCCGUGCCAGUGCCAGUGCCCGUGCCAACACAGCAGCCACAAGCAGCGCCCGCCGCACAGCCACCGGCGCCCCAACAUCAGCAGCAGCAGCAGCAGCAACAACAGCAGCAGCAGCAGCAACAACAGCAGCUGAAUGAGCAACUGCAGCAUUCCAUCAAUGACAUUGUGGGUGGCAACCAGCAGGCGCAGCAGCAGGCUCAAUUGAGCGCACAAAUGUCCUCCUCGCCACUGCAUCAGCAGAGCCUGCCCAGCAUGCAUCAUCUGAGCGCUGCGGCCCAUCACCAACAGCAGCCGACGCUAGAGGCUAGUGCAGCCCAAGCACCACAGCAGCAGCCGUCGCAUCAGCAGCUGCAGCAGCAUCAAUCGCCCAUACAUCAGCAACAGUCGCCGCAUCAGCAGCAACAUCUGCCCAGCUAUGCGCAGCAGAGCAGCAACCAACAGCAGCAGCAGCACCAACAGCAAUUUGAUGCAUUUGCCAACAUCUUGACAGACACGCCGCAAGCGCCCGCAGCAGCAGCGGCAGCUGCAUCCACAGCUGCCACACAACAGCAAAUCAUGUCGCCUGCGCAUGUCAGCUCGCCCAUACCGCAGCUGCAGCAGCAACAUCAACAGCAGCAGCAACAUCAGCAGCAGCAGCAACAUCAACAACAGCAGCAACAGCAACCAGCCACGCCCAUACCGUCAACGCCCUCGCAUCAUCUGAGCAGCAUACUCAACGAGACGGCCAACUCGAAUGACUCCUCAACGCUGGCCGUCGCCGCGAAUGAUAGCAACAACAGCAGCAGCAACAGCAGCACGAACAGCAUUGUCAACAAUCAGCCGACCUCGGUGCACGACAGCAACUCGCAGAGCAGCAUCAACAGCAACAAUCAGCAGCCGUUGCUCUCGGGCAUGGAUGCCGUGGCGAACAGCAUGCUCAACAGCAACUCGGACUCGGCGCACACCACGCACCAUGUGAGCGGCGUCGAUGUGGGUCUCUUUGACAACAAUUCGAUGAGUUCGACCAGCGCUGCGGCUGUUGCGGCCGCUUCGAAUGCCGCCAAUGCGGCGGCGGCGUUGCUCGACAGUAAUUCGCAAUCGUCGAAUGCGGACUUUGAGAAGAGCGUCUGUGAGUCGGAGCAGCAGGCAACAGCAGCUGCUGGCGGAGAUUUGUGUGCACAGCUGGCGCAGGAUGACAACAGCGUGUCCAAGACGCAGCCGGAGAUGCUCAGCGAGACCACGCUGCCGGCACAGGAGGAGCUAGACAACAGCAAUCACAAGCAGCCGCAGCAUACCGAGGAGCUGCUGGCGGAGCAAACACAGCAGACCCUAAGCGAGCUGGCUAUCGUCGGCGGCGGCGGCGGCGGCGGUGGUGAGGAGACCAAAUCCGCUGAAGAAAUAUGCGAGGACAAAAGCCAAACGCAAAUGGACAUAACGCUCAGCCAACAACAACAGCAGCAGCCACUGGGCCAGACGCCGCUGGGUCUGGGCAUGCCCCCGAUACCGCCGCAUACGCUGACUGGCUACGAGACGCAGCCGCCGCUGGGUGCCACGGCACAGGGAACAACGGUUCCGGUGCCACCACCACCGCCGCCGCCAACACAUAUACCGCCGUUGCUGCCACCCUAUCCGGGCGCAGCUGGCGGCAUGUAUCCGCCGUAUCCGAUGCUGCAUCAGCAGGAAAUUGCAGCGUUGCAGCAACAAAUCCAAGAGCUCUACUGCAUGCCGCCCGGUCAUGAGCAUCAGCAUCAGGAGAAGCUGAUGCGACUGCAGGAGCGCCUGAAUCUGCUGCAACAGCACGAGCUAGCCGAGCAGUGCGCCGGCGGACCACAGUGUCUGCUCUACCAGAGCAUGCCGCCCAUGUACGGCAGCAGUGUGCUGCACAAUCAGAUGGUCGAGAGCCCGCAGGUGUCCAGCACAACAGGCCGAGGUCGCGGCAAGGGCGCCAACAAGCCGCGCAAGCCGCGCGCCAAGAAGGGCGACAAGGCGGCGGCCGCCGCGGCGGCAGCGCUGCAGCAACAACAGCAACAGGAACUGAUGGACAUCAGCGGCAAUGUUGUUGUGGCCGCGGCCAGUGCGAGCAGCAGCAGCAGCAGCAUACCCACCACCCAGUUGCCCGUCUCGGAGGAUUGCGUGACCCAGGGAGCUGGCGACACGAGCGUUGUGGGGCUGCUCGAGUAUAGCGAGGGCAUGGGCGACUUGUCGCAGGAUGUGCAUUCGGCCAAUGAGCUGGACACGUCCACCGAUGGCAGCGGCAAGAAGAAGAAGCCGCGCAAACCACGCACACCCAAGGAUCCGAACAAACCGCCGCGUGAUCGCACGCCCAAGGUGAAGAAACUGCGUGAUCCCAACGAUCCCAACUCGACGGAGUCACCCGCCGCCGGCCGUAAACGCGCCAGCGUUAGCAAGCGACGCAAACAGUUCGGCGACGAUGGCGCCGAACAGACCGGCGACGGCAGCGAACUGGAGGACAACAAGCCGCUGCUGCCCAAGUCGAAUGACGGCGAGGUUGAGACCAGCGUCGGCGGUGCCGGUGGCGUUGAUGGUGAAUCGCCCGACUACGAUGAUAUACCUGUUUCCAAGAUACCGCGCGGCGCCAACGACGAUGACAAAGAUGCCGAAGCCGGCGAUGAGACCGUCGAUUCGGUGCCCGAUUCGGCUGGCGAUGCGGCCAGCACGCCCAGCCGGCGGGAUCGCAAACGUUCCACGGCGCGCAGUCGUCGCAAUGCCACGUCCGAGGAGGGCGGCAGCGCGCGACGGAAUCGCGGAUCGCUGAGCGCCAAGGCGCUCAAGAAGCGACGCAAUCGCGGACGCAUUGUGCCCGAAUCGGAUGGCGAGGAUGAUACCAUGGAUCGUACGCCGCCGCCAUCACCGCCCCCGGAUUCGGAGCUCGACUCGAAUAAGCGACGUUCGUCGCGCAACACUCAGCGUAAGAAGUACAUCGAUGACGUCAUGCUGAGAUUCUCCGAUGAUGAGAACUCGCUGCUGGUGGCCUCACCGGUCAAGAAGGAGAAGAAAUCGUCGGCGGCGAAUGCGGCCAACUCGAAUGCUGGCAGCGAUGUGGAGAAGACAGAGCCACAAUCUGGCGCCGAGGGCGAGGCCGGCAGCUCGGCGGGCGAAGAGAAGCCCUCGGUGGCGGCAGAUGACACCAACAGUCAACUGGAGGCCAGUUCCAGCACCUCGGCAGCGGAGAAGGCGGAACGACAAAGCGCCAGUGAUGCUGCCGCCGCUGCCGCAGCCUCCAUGUCCUCCAAGCCGAACUAUGUGUACAUCAAUACCGGCGACGAGGACAGCAUGGUGGUGCAGCUUGUAUUGGCGGUGCGCAUGGGCAAGCGGGAGCUAAUACCAGAGCCGCCCAAAGUCAAGACGCCAGAGCCCAAGACAGAGGCAGAAAUGGCAGAGGAGGCAGAGCAGGCGGCAGAGAAAGAAACCGCAGAAAAAUGCGAGGACAAGGCGGAGGACAAAGCUGAAGCAGAAGUGUCCACCAAAGUGGAAGAUGACAAGGAACAACUGGAGAAAGAGUCGGAAGAGCAGAAAACCGAAUCCGACAAAAUGGAAGUGGAUGAAAAGCCGGAGACAGUUAAGUCGGAGGCAGCUGAGAAAAGCGACGAAGAGACGCCCGACAACGAGGAGGCGGAGUCGGAGGCGGAGAAGGAGAAAAUGGACAUUGACGAAGCUGCAGAGAAAGCAGCUGAAGAAACCCAGAAAAUAGAGAAGCAAGCGAAUGCAGAAGAAGCAGAGGCCAAGACUGAUGAAGCAAAUGAAACGCCAGCUGAGCCAAAGAACGAAGCAGAUGAGCAGGAGGAGGAGGAGGAGGAGGAGGGUAAAGAAAAAGAAACGGACGAUGAGGAAGACGAAGAGAAAGAGAAAGAUAAAGAUGCACAGCCUGAAGCAACAGAGAAAAUGGAGAUCGAUGAGGCUGCAGCCGAAGUUAAGGCAGAAGAGAACAAAGUAAAAACCGAAACAGAAGACGAGACAACAGCCGAGGCAAAGGCAGAAAAAGAAACUGACAGCGACAAAGAGAAGGAAGAACAGACCGAAGAGGAGGAGGAGGAGGCGGCGAAGACAGCAGCAGCAGAAGCAGAGGGCGAUAAAUCCAAGGACUCGGAGCCGAAAGAGGAUAAACCCGAACCGGUCUUCAUCGAUGUGGAAGAGUAUUUUGUUAAAUAUCGCAAUUUCAGUUAUUUGCACUGCGAAUGGCGCACCGAAGAAGAGCUGCUCAAGGGUGAUCGCCGUGUGGCCGCCAAGAUCAGGCGAUUCCAGCAGAAGCAGGCACAGCAGAUCAACAUAUUCGAGAACAUCGAAGAGGAGCCCUUCAAUCCCGAUUUCGUUGAGGUCGAUCGCGUGCUGGACAUGUCUGUGCACACGGACGAAAACAGCGGCGAGACGACCAAACACUAUUUGGUUAAAUGGAAAUCGCUGCCCUACGAGGACUGCACCUGGGAGCUGGAGGAGGAUGUCGACAAUGACAAAAUCGAGCAAUAUUUGCGCUUCAAUAAGACACCUUUGCGCUGCGAGUGGAAGAGCCGCAAGCGUCCGCAUCCAGAGCUAUGGAAAAAGCUGGAAAAGACGCCCAUCUACAAGAGCGGCAACAGCCUGAGACCCUACCAGCUGGAGGGUUUGAAUUGGUUAAAGUUCUCCUGGUAUAAUUCACACAAUUGCAUACUGGCCGACGAGAUGGGUCUGGGCAAGACCAUCCAGAGUCUGACCUUUGUCCAUUCGGUCUAUGAGUAUGGAAUACGUGGUCCAUUUCUGGUCAUAGCGCCCCUCUCGACCAUACCGAAUUGGCAGCGUGAAUUCGAGGGCUGGACCGACAUGAAUGUGGUUGUCUAUCACGGUUCGGUUACGAGCAAACAGAUGAUACAGGACUAUGAGUUCUACUACAAGACGGACAGCGGCAAGGUGCUCAAGGAGCCCAUCAAAUUCAAUGUGCUAAUCACCACCUUUGAGAUGAUCGUCACCGACUAUAUGGACCUGAAGGCCUUCAAUUGGCGGCUGUGUGUGAUCGAUGAGGCGCAUCGCCUCAAGAAUCGCAAUUGCAAGCUGCUCGAAGGUCUGCGCCAGCUGAGCCUGGAGCAUCGUGUCCUGCUCUCUGGCACACCGUUGCAGAAUAACAUAAGCGAACUGUUCUCGCUGCUCAAUUUCCUGGAGCCCAGUCAGUUCUCGUCACAGGAGGAGUUCAUGUCGGAAUUUGGCAGUCUGCGCACCGAGGAGGAGGUCAACAAAUUGCAGGUGCUGCUCAAGCCCAUGAUGUUGCGACGUCUCAAGGACGAUGUGGAGAAAUCUCUGGCGCCCAAAGAGGAGACCAUUAUUGAGGUGGAGCUGACCAAUAUACAAAAGAAAUACUAUCGCGGCAUAUUGGAGCAGAACUUUAGUUUUCUCAAAAAGGGCACCACCUCCGCCAAUAUACCCAAUCUGAUGAAUACAAUGAUGGAGCUACGCAAGUGCUGCAUCCAUCCGUAUCUGCUGAACGGUGCCGAGGAGCAGAUCCAGUAUGAUUUUAAGGCACAACACGGCGAAGAUCCCGAAUCCUAUUACAAGAAUCUUAUACUCUCCGCCGGUAAAAUGGUGCUCAUUGACAAGCUGCUGCCCAAGCUGAAGGCCAAUGGACAUCGCGUCUUGAUCUUCAGUCAGAUGGUGCGCUGUCUGGACAUACUCGAGGACUAUUUGGUCUAUCGCAAGUAUCCCUUCGAGCGUAUUGACGGACGUAUCCGUGGUAAUUUGCGUCAGGAGGCCAUCGAUCGUUAUUCCAAGCCCGGAUCGGAUCGAUUUGUGUUUCUGCUCUGCACCAAGGCGGGCGGUUUGGGUAUUAAUCUAACGGCCGCCGAUACUGUCAUCAUCUAUGACUCCGACUGGAAUCCGCAGAACGAUCUGCAGGCUCAGGCGCGUUGCCAUCGCAUUGGCCAGCGCAAAAUGGUCAAGAUCUAUCGCCUGCUGUGCAGGAACACCUACGAGCGCGAGAUGUUCGACAAGGCCUCAAUGAAACUGGGCCUGGACAAGGCUGUGCUGCAGUCGAUGAAUACGCACGGCUCCAAGGAUGGCAACAACAAGCAAUUGUCCAAGAAGGAAAUCGAAGAUCUACUCAAAAAGGGCGCCUAUGGCGCCGUCAUGGACGAUGAUAAUGCCGGCGAUAAGUUCUGCGAGGAGGAUAUUGAUUCGAUCCUAAAACGACGCACACAGGUCAUAACCAUGGAAUCCGAGAAGGGUUCCACCUUCUCGAAGGCCUCGUUUGCGGCCUCGGGCAAUCGGUCGGACAUUACCAUCGAUGAUCCCGACUUUUGGACCAAAUGGGCCAAGCGUGUGGACAUUGAUCCCGAUGCCUGUGAACGUGACGAGACCGAGGAUCUGGUGCUCUCCGAGCCGCGCAGGCGUACACAAAUCAAACGCUACGGACACGAGGAUGUCAUGGAGAUCAACUCCGAGGACUCCUCCAAUGAGAACAGCGACGAGGAGGGCGGCAUAGGUCUGCGCUCACGUCGUCGCAAGGAGAAACGCGAUCGCGCCCGCGAGAAGAAGGGCAACGAUGAGUAUAUACCGCGAGAACGCGACGCAUUGGCCGCCCUGGGCCUGGAAGAGAUCCAGUAUGGCAACUGGGCCAAGUCGGAGUGCUUCAAAGUGGAGAAGGGUCUGCUGUCUUUUGGCUGGGGACGCUGGACGGAACUCCUCGAAUUGGGUCAGUUCAAGCGCGGCUGGCGCGAUGUGGACGUCGAGGACUGUGCACGCAUCAUUCUGCUAUACUGCCUGCAGGUCUACAAGGGCGACGAGAAGAUCAAGACAUUCAUUUGGGAUCUAAUCACACCCACCGAAGACGGCGAGGUCCAGAAGAUCAGCAGGGAUCAUAGUGGCCUACACAACUUGGUGCCACGAGGUAGGAAUGCCAAAGGACGCAAUGGCGGCAAGUCGAACAAGGAGAUGGGCGGCGGCGGCAGCUCGACGCCAGCGCCGGGCACCGCAUCCGGCAGCAACAGUGGCAACACAACGCCCGCCCACAAGUCCAGCGCCCUGGAGGCUGGUGGAGUCAGCGAUAAGGAUCUGGGCUCGGGGAUCAGUGCCAGCGCCGUGGCAGCGGCUGUUGCGCCCGCACCGCCGACCAGCAUACACGAUCCGAAUCAUUGGAGCAAGAAGGAGAAGUAUGAUGCGGAUGCGUAUCUGGAGGGCGCCUACAAGAAGCAUCUGGGCAGACACGCGAAUAAGGUAUUGCUGCGCGUGCGGAUGCUCUACUAUAUACAGCACGAGGUCAUUGGCGAUUUAGUGCAGCAGAUAAAGGAUAAUACGCCCAUCAGUACGAAAGCAAAGCAACUAGCACACAAUCUGGAAAGCGAGCUACCCAUACGCCCGCCGCCAACGCCAGAUCAAGUGCCAUCCUCAUGGUGGAAUCCCAUUUGUUGUGAUAAGAGCCUUUUGGUCGGAACCUAUAAACACGGCUGUGAAAUGUAUCGUCAGAUGCGCGCCGAUCCGAAUCUGUGCUUUGUCACCCAUGUGGGCGCCGGUGCCGGUGACGAUUUGGCCGUCACGAAUUUGCCAAUAAAUGAGGACGACGCAAAUUCAAAGCACGAUGACGGCGACGAGGUGGACGACGAUGGCACCACCACCACCAAAGAUUCGGAUUCGACAAAGCUAACGGCCGGCGAUAACAAGGACUCGCUCGAUCCGGAGCGCCCCAGUUCGUCGGGUAAGAGCGAUAAGUGCGAUAACAGCGGAACCAAAAUCAAAGCCGCCAACGCGGAACUCAUCCCGGCUGUGGGCAAUGGCAGCGCCGUCGCGGCGGACGCCACGGCAGCGGCGUCAGCAGCACCAUCAAACGAAUCGGCACAAAAAGAAUGCGAAAUCGAAAUUGAAAAUGCAAAUGAAAACGAAAACGUAAACGAAAUAGAUAAAAACAAUGAAAAGGCGAAAGCCAAAAGCGAGCAGCCCGCCGGCGAGACAGAGGCUGAUGCAGACGUCGCCGAAGCUGCCGACGCCGUCGCUGUUGAUGCCGACUCCAGCUCAACGGCGGCGGCGGCCGGCGGCGGCGAUGGCGACAUUGUGGCAGCCACUGUCUCGUCCGGGUCCGGGUCGCCAGACGCAUUGGACACUGAAAUGGAUGCGGCCAAGAGUCAAGACCAGGCCCAGGCUCAGGCCCAGGCCAAUGGCAAGGCCGCUGCGCCAGCCGAUGGCGAAGCCGAUGAUGCCGCUGCCAUUGCUACGGCCGAGUCCGGUUCAGAUUCAUGCACUAACGCUACCACCACCACCAAAACCACCACCACCACAAAUAUCACCAAUACCACCACCACCACUACUACUACUAUAACCACCAUUACCAAUCCAUCAUCCACCACAACAACAACAACAACUGCAACAACGACUGCAGCGGCCCCUGGGAGCGGGGAGUCAGCGGGUCAGAACUGCGAAAAUGCUAACUCCAACUCAAAUUUAGGCUUAGACGAGGAGGAGAGCGUCGCCGGCAGCUAUCCGCCAUCGACAUUGGCCGCCGUCGAGGAUGCCACAAUGUGGCCAUCAAUGCAGGAUCUCAAUACACGAUUACGUCGCGUCAUCACCGCCUAUCAGCGCAACUACAAAAAGGAGGAGCUCAAGCAACAGCAAAAGGCCAAGCUACAGGCGCUGGUCUCGUCGACGCCGCCGCUCUCGGUGCCCACCACACCGACUCUGCAGUCGAUGCAAAUGCAGAUGCAGAGCGCCGGCGGUGGUGGUUCCGUUGGCAAUGCGGGCGCCGGCAGUGUCGUUGGCGCCGGCGGCACUGUUAGCCAACUGCAGCAACAACUCGACUCGAGCAAUCGCAGCCUGCAGGCCCUGAUGCAGUCACAGGGUGCCAGCACCUCGGCUGCCGCAGCAGCAGCUGCCGCCGCCGCCGCCGCCGGCAGCGGGUCGACACUACAGCACGGAAUGGUGGGGCAGCAUCAGCAACAACAGCAGCAGCAGCAGCAACAACAACAACAGCAACAACAGCAGCAGGUCGGCGUUGCCGGCGGAGCUCAGGUGCCAGCCAUGCCCACCGCCGCCGAUAUCAGCCUUAUGCUGAGCAUCCUCAACACGACCGAUGUCAGCCAAUUGGCCAACUUGGAUAUCAACAAACUGGCCAUGUAUUUGGUUAGUAUGAACAAUAAAAUGGAGCGCCAGGGCAAGAUGGAGCUGGCGGCGAAGGAGCGCGAGUCGCAGCGCCUGCAGCUGAUACCCAAAAAAUGGAAUCGUCGCGAGGAAUAUGAAUUUCUGCGCGUGCUCACCGGCUACGGUGUCGAUAUGCAGAUGAGCACACCAAUGGGAGGCAACAGCAGUAGCCACAGUCCCGACUGGACCAAGUUUAAGCAGAUGGCGCAUCUGGAGCGCAAAAGCGACGAGACGCUCAGCGACUACUACAAGGUCUUUGUGGCCAUGUGCCGGCGCCAGGCGGGCUUGAAGCUGAGCGAGAACGAGCGCGGUCUGGAGGGCAUCAUCGAGGAGAUCGAAAAGGAGCAUGCCAAGCUCAUACUGGAUCGUCUCGAGCUGCUGGCCAAGCUGCGCGAAGUGGCCCGCAAUCCGCAGCUCGACGAGCGGCUCAAGCAGUGCGCCAUGAACACCGAUACGCCCGAUUGGUGGGAGCCGGGACGGCACGAUAAGGAACUGAUUGCGGCUGUGCUCAAGCAUGGACUUUACCGCUCCGAGACGUUCAUCUUUAACGAUCCCAACUUUAGUUUCUGCGAGUCGGAGAAGCGUUUCAUACGCGAGCUCGAGGCACAGAUUCAGCGCACCAUCAAACUGGAGGCCUUUAAUGCAGAGAAGGCCGAAAAGGCCGCGGCCGCUGAAAAAGCAGCUGCAGCCGAAAAGGCAGCUGCGGCGGCAGCGGCAACGGCAGCCGCAGCGGCAGUCGCAGCGGCAGCCGCAGCUGCAGCCGUCAAGCACGAGGUUAUCGAUCUGGAUGAUGAGCUGCUCACCAAGGAGAGUGUCAUCAAAAAGGAGUCGCCCGUCAAGGCUGAAGUUAAUGCCGAUCAGAGCACAGACAAAGCCGAGGUCGAGGAUAGCGAAGAUAAACCAAUGAACAAAGCAGCAACAGAAAAAAUGGACGAAGACGAAGUAGUCUCAGCCGAGAAGGCCGACAAGGAAUCGCUGGAUGAAGCCAAGCUGCUGCCCAGUGAAGCCGCUGAAGAGUCUGUGGAAGCUGAAGCCGACGCCGAAACCGAAGUCAAGCCCAAGGAGAGCGAAGACAAAAUGGACGUGGAUGAGCCAAUUGCGGAAAAUGGCAACGAAAAGGAAGCCGCAACCGAGGCAGAUGCCACGGCCGACAGCGAAAAGCCAGCUGAAAGCCUAAAAUCAGAAGCAGCCGAAAUAGAGAAGUCGAGUGAAAAGGCAGAAGACAUCCAAAUGGACACGGAGCCCGCAAAGUUGGCAGUUGCCGAUGAAAAGGAAUCCGCUGAAGCAGCGGAAGAGGAAGCGGUAGCUGUCAAAGCCGAAGCAGCGACCGACAAUAGCGACGAGAUCGUUGAGACCGCUGCUAAGGAAAAGCCAGAGGCAGAUAAGGAACCGGCUGCAGCAGCAGUUGAAAGCGAGUCCAAGAAAGUCGAGGCUGAGGCGGAUGCCAGCAAAACAGGAGAUGUCACAGCGGCGGAGGUCAAGAGCGUUGAGAAGCCGCCAGCAGAACAGGAGAUACUCGACCUGGUGGCCGGGCCCAGCGAUCCCGAUGACGACGAGGUCAUGAAGGAGAAGGAGAAAGCCGUCGAGGAGGAGUGCAAAAAGCAGGCAGCCGAACUGAAAGCACGUUUUCCCGAUCUCGAGGUCAUUCAGCCGGCAACUGUGAAACAGCAAAAGCUGGAGAAGCCCAAGCUUGAGAUGUGCAUGAUACGCUGGUUCAAGGACUUCGCCCUGGAGCGACGCAUCGCACACAUCGUCGUCUGUGUGGAGACGAACAAAUGGCCCGUGGAUAAGCAUUACAGCGCCUUUGCCGGACUAAAGGGCACCACAGACCUGAACAUUGCCCUGCACGAGUCCAUACCCCAUCUGAAUAGCAGUGAGCGACGUUCGACAACGCCCGAUGUGAUAACCAUAACCACAGACCAGGGCGUGACCAAGCAUCUGCAGGCCUCCCAAAUGCAACAGGUGGCCAGCAAUGCGGGCGUCUCCUCAUCGGGCGGCAAUGUGCAGUCGGUGCUGCCGUCGCCUAAAACGCCAGUUGCGGCGCCCACCACAUUGCCGGGCCUGGAUGCGAAUAGCAUCAAUGCAGCUGUCGCGGCUGCCGUUGCCGCUGCGGCCAGUGGCGGCAAUGCCACAUCCCUGUCUGCCCUGCUGCCGGGCAUGUCGUUGAGCGCGGCGACAGCCGGCGCCAGUGCGGCGGCGGCUGUAAGCGCGGCGGCGGCGGGUCUAAAUGUGCCCAGUGCCGGCGGCCUUGGCUCGAAUGCGGGCAAGAAGCGCAAACGGCACAUUGCCAUCGAUGUGGAAACGGAGCGUGCCAAGCUGCACGCGCUGCUCAACAGCUCGUCGAUGGCGCCCAAGGACUGGGAGAGUGAGAUAGCCAACAUGGAGGCUUUGACGGGCGCUCGCGACGGGCGACGCGGCGGCUCGAGCGCUGCUGCCUCGGCGGCCGCUUUGAGUGGCAUGCAACCGCCGCCGGCGCAUCAGCACGCCUCGCUGUCGCGCCAAUCGUCCGGACAGUUCAAUAAGCCCGCUGUGCCGGCACUGAAAACGCCGCCACCUUCGAUGGGUGCACCCAUGGAUCUGUCCUCCAGCAGCCUGCCCAAGAUGAAUAUGACGGAAAUGCUGAAGUCAGCGUCUAGCGCUGGCGCCAUCGAUCUGAGCGAGGUGCAGGACUUCUCGAUGCCCUCCAAGAAAUCGAGUGUGCAUGCAGCGCUUAGCUCCGCGUUUCCCUCAAUGGCGGGCAGCAAGAGCAAGCUAGACGACACGCUCAACAAGCUGAUGAAGAAGAACAAUUGCACCAUUGAGGAGCCGGUCAUAGGCAAGGAGAAGAAACGCAAGAAGCUGGAUGAGAUUGUGCUCGGCCUGUCGGCGGCCAAGGAGCAAAAGACCUUCCCGGAUCCAUCGCUGCCCUCAUCAAAGAAACCACAAAUACCGCCCAGUGUGUCCGUGACGCCCGCCAAUCUGCAGGCGCCCAGCCAGCAGCAGUCCAAUCAGAAGCCAUUUACCAUCACUGUUACGACAGUGCCCGGAAAGUCCAAGAGCGGCGGUCAGGGCAGCGGCAGCGGCGGCGGCGGCGCCAGCAGCUCCUCGGGCAGCGGCCUCAGCGCCCUGCAAAACAUGGCCAUGGGCGGUCUUUCGAGCAAGGACAGCCUGAAUGCACUGCUGGCCCAAACGAUGGCCACCGAUCCGCAAUCGUUCCUCAAGCAACAGCAGAAGAUGAUGCAAUUCCUGCCGCCUUCACAGCGCAAAGCCUACGAGAACAUGCUGGCCGAAAUGGAGCAGGCGAUGAAGCUCAGCUCCAAAUACAAUUCCUCCCACGACGUCAAGGUCAACAAAUGGCUCUCGGACAUGACCAGCCCCCUGGGCGAUCAGCUCAGCAUUGAUUAUGUUGGCGCUGGCGGCGGCGGCGGCGCAGCUGGCAGCAGCAACAGUCGACGCGGCAAUCGCCAGCAGAGCAGCAGCUCCAGUGCCCAGCAGGCGGCCAAUGCAGCGCAGCUGCAAAAGCAGCAACAGCAGCAACAGCAGCAGCAACAACAGCAGCAGCAGCAGCAGCAGCAACAGCAACAACAACAACAACAACAGCAGCAACAACAGCAGCAACAACAGCAGCAACAACAACAGCAGCAGCAGCAGCAACAACAACAAUCAUUGGCUGGUCCGCAGGGUCUGACCGGGGAAGAGCCGGUUCCGGUGAUCAACAAGCAGACGGGCAAGCGGCUGGGCGGCAACAAGGCGCCACAAUUGAAGCGCCUCAUGCAAUGGCUCACCGAUAAUCCCAACUAUGAGGUGGAUCCCAAGUGGCUGGAGCAGAUGCAGAAUCCGAUGUCGGCGCCAUCACCAAAGCCCAGCGCCAGCGGCAUGGACAACAGCAGUGUCUACGGCGGCGGCGGCGGGUCUAAGUCGCAUGGUGGACGACCCUCCUCCAAUUCGAGCAAUGCCUCCUCCGGCGGCCACACGCAACAACCAAGUGCCGCACAGUCGCCGGCGGGCAAUUCGAGUGGCUCGUCGAAGAAGUCGUCGAGGCAAUCGCAGUCGGCGGCCGCCUUGGAUCAGGCGGCGGCGUUGCAGUUCGGCUCGCUGGCUGGCCUCAAUCCCAAUUUGCUGGCCAAUCUGCCCGGCUUGGGCGGCUUCGAUCCAAAGAAUCCGCUCGCCGCGUUCGAUCCGAAGAAUCCGCUGCUGUCGAUGCCAUUCGGCGGCAUGCCCGGCAUGGGUAAUCUACCCGGCUUGGGCAAUCUGAACAACAUGAAUCUGUUCGCCAGCCUGGCGGGCAUGGGCGGCCUGGGCAAUCUGGCCGGCAUGGAUGCCCAGUCGCUGGCUGCGCUCAUGGCUGCUGCGGGUCCAACGCUCGGCGGCCUCACAGGCAGCACGAGCGCGGGCACCGGCAAGAGCCAGUCGCAGUCCAGCGCUGGCGGCAACUCCUCCAGCGCCUCGUCCUCGGCGGCCAGCAAGAAGAAGCAGCAACAGAACGAGGCCGCGCAGCUGGCAGCCGCCGCAGCCGCAGUCAAUAGCAGCGCAGGCGGCGGAUCGGGUGGUGGCAAGAAUGCGGGCGCAUCGGCAUCGCAGCUGGCCGCCGGCUUUCCGUUCCUGUUCCCCAAUCCCUCGCUGCUGUAUCCGCCCAUGGGCCUGGGCGGACUCAAUCCGUAUUCGCUGGGCUCCAGCGGCCUGGGCUCGGCCUACGAUCAGCUGGCACAGCAAUAUAAUCUGCUAAACGGCGUGGCCACCUCCUCGGCGGCGGUCACCGGCUCGACGCAGUCGUCCAAGUCGCAUCAGUCGCAGUCGAGCAAAUCGAGCAAUUCCCGCAACGCCGCCAACUCGGCGGCCAAUUCGGCGGCCAAUCUGAUGAACGCCAUGGCCAGCAUGAGCGCCGGCACCGUAACAACGCCCUCCAGCAGCUCCAGUCGCAGCCGCCAGAGCAGCAAUCAACGCAACUCGGCCGCCUCGGCGACGCCCAGUGCCGCGGACAUGGCACAGCUAUCGAGCCUGCUGAUGCCCGGCGCCGAUCCGCAUUUACUCGAAUCGCUCAGCCGCAUGAGCAGCAUGGACCUGGCCCAGGCGACGCGUCUCAUGAGCUCCCUGGGCAUGCCGCCGCUGCCCACGCCGAGCAGCUCCAACAACAACAGCAGCAGCAGCUCCAGCGCUGCCAGCAAACGUGCCGCAGCCGCGGCCGCUGCCAACGAGGCGUCCGCCAAGGAGCAGCAGAAGUGGUUCGAGAGCAUAGCGCGCGGCGCCCUGCCAACGGAUCUGGCGGCGCUGCAGGCCUUCUCACAGGGCAAAAUGCCCAGCACGUCCAGCUCCGGCGGCAACAACAACAACAGCGGCGGCGGCGGCGGCUCAUCGGCCAGCAAGAGUUCCAAGUCCGCCGCAGCUGCAGCAGCAGCAGCCGCCGCACAGCUGCCACAGAUACCGGGCAUGUCCAGUGACUUCUCGCAGGCGCUGCUCGCCGAGAUGGCGGCCCAGGCGAUGGCCGCUGCCGGCGGCUCGCUGCCACUCAGCGGUCCCGGUUCGUUGGCCAGCCUGGCUGGCCUCACCGGCGGCGCAUCAUCUUCAUCUGGAGGAGGUGGCGGCGGCGGCGGAAGCAGCAGCAGUUCGGCUGCCAAGCGGCAGCGCGAACAGGACGCAUUCAAGCAGCAAAUGGACUUUUACACCAAGUCGCUGGGUCUGGGCUCGGGCAUCUCGCUGAUACCCACCUCAUCGGCCAGCAGCAGCAGCCUCAAUGCCGCCUAUGCGGCCGCCCUCGAUGCGGAGCAUCUGCAGCAACAGCAGCAGCAGCAACAACACCAGCAGCAGCAGCAGCAACAGCAGGCGCACAAGUCGAAGCGUGCGCGCAGCGAGAUGCAUCCCACCAAGGAUGAGCUAACGGCUGCCGCGCUGGCCGCCGGCUUGCCGCUCAAUUUGGGCGCCAGCAUCGAGAAGAGUUUGCGCGGCGUAAGUGGCUCCAGCAGCUGCUCCACGCCGGCGCCGACGCCUACGCCCGAGCAGGAUAAGGUGACGCUGACGCCGUUGAAUGCGAGCUCCAGUGCCGCCGCCGCCUCCAAUGCGGCGAUUGCGGCGAAUCUGCCCUCGCAGACGACCAUCACGAUUGCGCCGCCGAUCAGCAGCGGCGCGAGCACCAGCAGCGAGCGCUCCGAGCGCAGCGAGUCGCGCAUCUCCCUGACCAUAACGAAUGCCGCGGAUGCGGCCAAGCUGCCGCCGCCCUACGAGGAGGCCGACGAGCUCAUCAUUCAGCCCAUACUCAAGAAGCCAGCGGCCCCGGGCAGCAGUCACAGCGGCAGUGUCGAGGAUCUCGAUGCCAGCGGCAACGGCGGCGGCAACAAUAACAACUCGGCGGCAAAUCUAAGCGGCUCCAGCAGCAGCAGCUCCUCGGUCGCCGCAGCGGCGGCAGCAGCAGCUGCUGCUGCCGCCGAAGAGAAUCGACGCUCUUCCAAUCGCCUCAAGCGUCCACGUUCCGGCAACGAGGCGGAACAGCCGCCCGAGAAGCGACGUGAGCUGCGCUCCACGCGACACACACGCCAGUCGGCAGAUGCUGCCACGCUAAAUCUGUCGGCGGGCAGCGAGUCCGAGGAUCGGAACGAAUGAGUAAAGCGACGCGCCUAGCCAGACGACAGCGCCCCGCCGGUGGGCGCCCGAACCAGACAGGGCAACAAAAGCAACAACAGCAACAAAAGCAACAACAACAAGAGCAAAAAUGAUAACAAAAAGAUAAACCAAAAGCAACGGAAAAAGGCCACGAAGAAGCAGAAACAGAAUAAGAAGGAGAAGAAGAGCCAAGCGAGUAAUGCAAACGGAAACGGAAGCGGAAGCGGAAACGGACGAGCAGCGGCAAAAGCUGAGACAAACGCACGCAAAUUAAA